AUGUCGGGUGAAAGCCCUACACAGGACCUCUUCUUCUUGAACCCUGUGGACCUCCUUCGCCGCAUUCUUAGCUCCCGCAUCUCCAGCACAUUACACUUCGGUAUGGCUCAACUUGUGGAUAACCCGUCGGAGGCGUGGCAUUCGAUGCAAUGGGCCGGCUCGGUACGCACCACCAGCGGCGAAUUCGCAUACUAUCCGCCCUUCCCUUCCAUGGAACCCAUCUUCCCUGGCGACAUUAUCGCAUACCAAUGCGCGUUCCCAGCCUGUACCGGCUGCCAUGAAAAGGUCGCUACAAAUGUCAGGGUCGCCACGAAAGUCCAUCUCGGACAGAUCCAGGCAAUGUUCCGCGAUCAUCGCGAUAGUUCCCGUCAUCUCGGCAACUUCAUCGGCGACCCCAGCACCGGGGCUGAGAAGAACACGAAAGGCGAUGUUGUCCUGGUUAUCUCACGGAUAUGUUCUGGCAAGUUCAUCAACCGACAGUUCGUCCAGAAGGGCAAGGCGAUCAAGAUCAACCCAGCCGAAGAUACACUAGAUGACGACGAGCUGGUCCUUUGCAUGAGCCCAAUGGAGCUUAUUUCACCAGCCAUGGUCACCGGCCGUCGCGACAACAUCCGCUUCGACUAUGCGUUUGGCAGCAAAGUGCGGUUCCCGGGUGAUCCAAUCGCUAGACGUGAACAACCAUUGAUCACCCGCAUAUUCGACCGGGAGCAUAUGGCGCUGGUGCCACCCUGCCUAGUCUCUCUGGUCCCUGGUGCCCUCGAAGUCGAUGAGUUUGGCCGCGACUGGCUGGUCAAGACGUUCGCUCAAGGUGCAGAGGGUCGUGUCCGGUGUCUCCCGUGCCUGAACUUCAACGAUGGCUUUGGCCUGUAUCGCACUAUGACCAAGUCCAUCAUGGGCUGCUAUCUUCAGAUCGCCGCUAUGCCGAGAAGCGAACACACCCGCCAGAUCAACGUCCUACCGGUUACACUGGGACCACAUGGUGCCAAUAUGCACGAUGUCAUGAAGGCCUUGGCGCCGCUGAGAGCUCUCGACCGUGGUAUUGCUGUCGAUAUCAAUGGGGAGCGCACUAUGCUGUGCGCAUCCAUCUUCGCCCUGACCGGCGACAUGCCACAGCAACAACAGAACUCAGGGUGUCUGAGUGUCGCGGCCAAUCUUAGUUGCCGAUCGUGUCUCGUCACUUCCAACAACCGUGAUGACCUCGACGUCGACGUGAUAGGCAAUGCCCGUGGCCAUAUGGAGAUGGUUCGCCUUCGUCGUUGGAUGGAUGAGGAACUGCACCAAAAGUACAAGAAGGAGGCGUUUUCGACCAAGCACGGUAUAUCUCUUGAGGCGCCUGCAGUCAUGUAUGUCGCCCCAGCACUGGAUCUUAUCGGUGGUCGCCCCAGUGAUGCCGCACAUUCGGAGUUCAAUGGUAUCACCAAGAUGAUACACCAGCUUCUCCUUGACGCAGAGUCUGACCUCAAGCGCCCUUUUGCCCGUGCAAUGGAGGCAGUGUUUGAUCAGUCCAAGCUGACAGCUAGCACUGCGUGUUCAAUUGACGCAACUAUAGCCACGAAGAGUGGAAGUCCACUGACCAAUCGACCCGUGCUGCUCGUCGUCGUGGACGCGGUACUGCGGCAAACUCGCGCGCAGCUUCUGUGGCCCCCGCCGUGGCUGGCGGGAUAUCAACACCAGCAGCAGCAGCCGCCAUGGCCAACACUAUGGCUACGAUGGAGAUCGAGGAGGACGAUGCUGUCGACAAUGAUGUCAACAUCGACCAGCAUACCGUCGCCCAAAAAGCCCAAGUAUCGACAGUGGAGCGCUCGCCCGAAUGUGCAUAUCGGCCUGCACUACAUCGACGUGUAUCGCCGGUAUGGAUUGGUUUCGUUGUUGAUGGUCUUGCCAGGAGAGAUGAAGCAUAAGCUAUGGAAGAACCUUGUGGUUACGAUGAACCACCGCAACCCCGAGAAGGACUGCCUGUCGUACGAGAAUAUGAUGCAGACUGUGCGCCUUAUCUUGCUGGAUGGCUUCCAGGACGAGCCGGAUAUAACCAAGAAACUGAAGAAAUCUUGCAGCAUCGGUACCGACGUUGUUCUCUUCAUUGCUCCCGCACGACGAGCUUGCCCGAGAUGA